CUACAACGACAACUGCUGGUGUAGUAGAAAAAACAAUUUCAACACAAACAACUGCUGGUUUUGUUGAAGAGACAACUACAGCACAAACAACUGCUGGUUUGGUUGAAGAGACAACUACAACGCAAACAACUGCUGGUCUGGUUGAGGAGACAACUACAACACAAACAACUGCUGGUUUGGUUGAAGGGACAACCGCAGCACAAACAACUGCUGGUUUGGUUGUAGAGACAACUACAACGCAAACAACUGCUGGUCUGGUUCAAGGGACAACUACAGCACAAACAACUGCUGGUUUGGUUGAAGAGACAACUACAGCACAAACAACUGCUGGUUUGGUUGAAGAGACAACCGCAGCACAAACAACUGCUGGUUUGGUUGAAGAGACAACUUCAGCACAAACAACUGCUGGUGUUGUUUAUGAGACAACUACAGCUAUAUUUAUUGGUAAUACAGAAGUUUCCGAUACUAUAUCAACUACUGUUGCAGAUUCUGUGGGUACUACUUAUAUUCCUUCAGAUCCGGUGGUUGAAUUUGUAAACUCUGGUUCCGAUUUUCUUUCUGUUUUUACUGUUUUCAAAGUUGUAUCUCCGGCUGAUAGUUACGUGGCAGAGAUAAUUUCUCCGCAUUAUGUUCCAAAUUCAAAACAAGUUAUUUUAAAUUCAUCUAUUAAAAAGGUCCAUAAUGUUACAUUUUUUGGACUGUUACCAGCAACAACAUAUAAUGUAACGAUUACACCAAUUAGAAACAAUCAUACUCAAGCUCCAAUAUUAACAUCUGUUAAGACAGAAAAAGUGGGUCAUCCAUCUAAUGUGUUUGUUACCAAUAUAACAAAGACUUCUUUUGUGUUGAACUGGGAUUUGAUUUUAAAAGCAGAUUACUACGUUCUUCAAAUUUUGGUGCCAAAUCGAGUUGUGCGAAGAGAUGUUGAUGCAUCAUCUGGUUUCUAUGUGAGAGAGUUUAAUAUUACUAGUAGUUCAGCUCUUGUUUCUGGAUUAGAACCUGGUACUAUUUACACAAUACGGUUGUUGGCUGUAUUUGAUGGCUUUCGGGCUGAAUACGUGGAAAUACUACAAGCAACUAAACCGAAUCCUGUAAAAUUUCUAAAUGUAACCCACGAAGGAAUUCAAUCAAUCACUGUUGAAUUUGGAGCUGCUGAAGGAAACUUACAGUAUUAUAGUUUUACAAUUGCGCCAUUGUAUAAUAAAGACGACAUUCUAAAUACAAUACAGGUAAACAAGACAGAUGUAACUAAUACCGGGACAGUUGAAUUUGUGAACCUAACACCAGAAACCUUAUAUUCUAUUACCGCACAAACUCAUGUUCUGCAAGAGUCAAGUGAUCCUGUUGUUUAUCAUCAAGCAAAAACAGCUGAUGAAAACAAUGAAACUCCACAAACUACAAGACCAUCACUCUUGUCAAGUAUGCCAAAGAACGCAACUUAUACAAAUACGUUUACAACAUACAACACAAACACAUACAACAUAAAUAAUCCAACAGAAAAUAUUAGAGUAGAAAACUUUACAGUAGAAUCAAAAACAAGAAUAUCCCAAGCCAUUACUACGACUGCAGCAUCAAAUAUUACUAAAGCAACAAGAUCAACAAUCGGUUUGGUGCCCGAAUCAAAAACAGUUAAUACAACAAUAGCUACCAUUAGUUCUGUACCUGAAUCAACUUUGGUUGAAAGUACAUCAAUGGCAGAUUUAACAAUUGUUGGGUCAGAAUUAGUAACUACCAGUUCAACCGCUGAAUCAACUACUGUUGAUGCAACAACAGUGACAACUAAUUCUGUACCUGAAUCAACUUUCGUUGAAAGUACAUUAAUGGCAGAUUUAACAACUGUUCAAACUGAUGCUGUAACUAUCAGUCCAGUUGCGGAUUUAACUACUGAUGAUGUAAUAUCAGCAACAACUAUUUCUGUGCCUAAGCUAACUACAUUUGAAAGAACAACAAUGGCAGAUUUAACAAUUGUUGGGUCAGAAUUAGUAACUACCAGUUCAACCGCUGAAUCAACUACUGUUGAUGCAACAACAGUGACAACUAAUUCUGUACCUGAAUCAACUUUCGUUGAAAGUACAUUAAUGGCAGAUUUAACAACUGUUCAAACUGAUGCUGUAACUAUCAGUCCAGUUGCGGAUUUAACUACUGAUGAUGUAAUAUCAGCAACAACUAUUUCUGUGCCUAAGCUAACUACAUUUGAAAGAACAACAAUGGCAGAUUCAACAACUGUUGAAUCAGAAGUAGUAACUACCAAAUCUACUUCCGUUGAAAGUACAUCAAUGGCAGAUUCAACAACUGUUGGAUCAGAAUUAGUAAUUACCAGUUCAACUGCUGAAUCAACUACUGUUGAUGCAACAAUGAUUACAAGUAGUUCUGUAACAGAAUCAAGUUCGAUUGAAA